AUGCUCAAAUGGAGCGAUCUAUUGCAAGCUCGGCAUCCUCAGAUCCCUCAUACGAGUCAGUUUCUCCCAGUAUCAACCACCAAAUCUCCACUUUUACCUUCACCAAUUCCAACGUUGGUGCUUUUGGUCAAUGCGCUGAAAGGAUCUCAGCUUGAAUCAGAUCUGUUUCUAUUCUCACGCACAUAUUACAAGAACUCUAGUCAGCAUCGCUCUGGAUUGCAUUGGAAGAAGUACCAACAGGUCAGGAGGGUACUGGCUCGAUUCGGUGAAGUGAAUUUAAAGGAUUUGGUCCAAGAGAUUGUGGUGUUGAUGCAACCAGACAAGCUACGACGUAAAGGUGGAGAGUACACCAGUAUUCCAAAUUAUGUCGGUCGAAUACAAGAUACCUUGAUAGAAUGCUACAAUGCCUUUCGAGCAUUAACUCGACAAACGCUAUUCAUGGCCACAUCAGUCACUAUGAUGGGUCUUACAUCACGUCUGCAUAUCCUUUUUCGGCAUAUAUCUUUACAUAUUGAGCAAUGCUAUACAGCUCUUCGGCCGUUUCUUGAUUUCGCUCACAAGACAGAAAUCGUUGUAGAUAACGUGCCGCUAUAUUUGAGUCGUGUCGCUGCCAAUAAUGAACAGUUUGGACUGCAAGUGCAUGAUGAACAACCAAGUGGACAGACUGCGAUAGAAGACGCUGAUGAACAACCCUCAACGUCGAGCACAGCACCCGAAACUACGAUUACAGAAAGUGCAUUGUCAGACUCCUUCUUUUCUGUGCCAACUUCAAUGGAAAUGGACAAGGACGCAGAGCAACGGAUAACAACUCCCAUAAUCAAAAAGAAAUCAAAGAAAAAGGCCAAGAAGACAGAGAUCAAUGAGAUUGAUGAUAUAUUCGGCUGA